ACGAAACCCUAGAUAUCGAAUCGAGUGAGCUGUCAUAUUCAUAGACGUUUUGACCGAUUUUGUACGUAAACUGAGGCACGCCUAUCUUAAUUUAAAAUUAAAACAAUGUGUUCAAGACCGUGAUAUAAAACAUCCAUUUCUAGCAAGGACUACUUUAUUUUAUGGUUAAUUUUGAGUGAACGUACUUACCUACUCGUUUUAAAAACUUUUUGAGUUAUCAAAUUUUUGCAAUUGCCGGGUGCAUUUAUAAAAACAGUGAUUAUACCUAUUUUGUAUGUGAACUGAAGCCUGUGAUCUGGACGAUUUUGUGCAUUUUUUGUUGACUUUUAGGUAUAAAGAUUCAAAAAUAGAUACCAACAUGUCACAUCUAGUUACCAGUGUCGUAGAAAAAUACAACGAUAUAUUAGAGCAUGGAGAUCCUAGGGUGGAAGGAUGGUGGAUGAUGGAUAGUCCAUUACCAACUCUAUUUAUAUGUAUGUUCUACGCAGUUUUUUCCAAAGUGAUAGGUCCAAAAUUAAUGGAAAAUAAGAAACCAUUCGAUCUUAGGGACGUUUUAAUAGUAUACAAUUUUCUACAAACUUUAUUUAGUAUUUGGUUAAUGUAUGAAUAUUUAAUGAGUGGAUGGUGGGGCAGCUAUAGUUUUCAGUGUCAACCUGUAGAUUAUUCAAAUAAUCCCGUAGCUUUAAGGAUGGCAAGGACGUGUUGGUGGUACUAUUUCUCGAAAUUUACGGAGUUCUUCGAUACGCUUUUCUUUAUUUUAAGGAAGAAAAAUAGUCACGUGUCCACGCUGCACGUCAUCCACCACGGUUGUAUGCCAUUCUCGGUAUGGAUGGGAGUUAAAUUUGCUCCAGGUGGCCACAGUACAUUCUUCGCGCUAUUAAACACUUUUGUUCAUAUUAUUAUGUACUUUUAUUAUAUGGUUGCUGCCAUGGGUCCAGAAUACCAAAAAUACAUCUGGUGGAAGAAGUACCUGACUAGUUUACAACUUGUUCAAUUCGUCGCCAUUUUCGCUCACCAGUUCCAACUUAUGUUCGUUGAGUGUAAUUAUCCAAAAGCGUUUAUGGUGUGGAUCGCCCUCCACGGAAUCAUGUUCCUAUUCUUGUUCUCCGACUUUUAUAAAGUCAAAUACUUGGGCCCCAAGCAGGCUGUGAAAAGAAGCGAUAACGGAAUUUGUAUGCCACUUCUUGAUGAAGAAAAAGAAAAAUCGAACGGCGUAACAAAAUCCAGUAGCAACGGAACCGUCAACAACGGCUACAUCAAAAGUGAAUUCUCGGAAUCGUACGAAGGUUACGCGAACGGUAGCACAAAGGGAUUCGUCACACAAUCUAUAACCAAACCAAACAACACCAAGAAGAUAGAGUAGAUAAGAUCAAUUGUUUUUUGUUUUUAAUUUUACCUAGGUUUAAUAUUUAUAUUUAUAUCGAUUACAUCAAAUGAUUUGUAACAAGACCUGGAAUUUGCUACUGAAUAAAAUUAAUUUAUAAAAAACAGUAUCCGAGAGUUUUUACACAAAAUUAACAAUCCUUUUUAUAUUAAUUUAUAUUUUUUUUGUUAUUUUAAUAAAGCAGAAAUAUUUAAGUCUUCUGACAUUAGGGAAUCAGUACAUCACUUGUUUAAUUUUACACAUUUAUUUCUUCCUUAUAGGUACUGGUUUCAAGCUUAAAUUACCAGCUGUAUAAAUCCGUCUAAAUAGUACUCUAAAAUGAGACAAACUGGCUUCAAAGUGUUUCCUUUGAAGUAGCAAAAAACUGCGUCCCAUUCACACAUCUAAUUAAGUAAUAAAACUUGUGUUGAAAUAUCUUUGUAACCCUUUAAGGGACAGAACUCAUUUUUCGUUGUAAGACGAACAUUUUUAAAAAUUGUGAAGUUAAAUAGAAGUUAAUAAGUAACCUGAGAGAGAGAAAAUCAAAAUUUUCUUUAACUUUUUCUGUUAUGAGGUGGUAAAUAUUGCUACCAGUGAGCAUCUGAGCAUUUACCAAUAUCUACAAAUCACUGGUAAAGAUUUCUACCACAUCUACACACUAAAACGACAGUUAUAAAAGAGAAAAACGUUUAUUAUAAAAAAAUAUUCUUUGCAUAAUGCUACAUCAUAUUUUUGGGAAAUGAGAUUGGUCCUCCUUUAUUUAGUAUUUGAACUUCAGUUAAUACAUCUACAGUAAGUGCCUUUGAUGUUAGAUCAGUCUUUUUGUACCGCUUGAAUUCCGAUUUUUUUGAAGAUGAAAGAUCCACAUGGCCCUUGUCGUAAUGUACUUCUGGCUCUUAAGUCACCGUUAGAUGUGUUAUGCAGGUUUGUAAUCGGAAUAAAAACUGAAUCGUCAAUCAUCUUCCUGGGAAAUCGAAAGUUGAACGAGAUUGUUGUAGAUAUUCACGUUUUCUUGAUGUUAAAGCAAUAUUCGAGAUUGAACCAGAAGCAAUAUUUGUGCUUGAAUUGGAUCCAGUGAUGCAUUUAGCCAAAGAGAGUACAAGAAGUGGAAUAUUGUCUGAUACAUCAGAAUCACCUCUUAGUUCUACAGACAAUAAUUAUCUUCAUAGGUAUCAUCCAUUUCUUUAUUUACAAACUUUUUCAGUUGUUCUACAAUGAGAAGCAGUUGCCAUCAUCUUUUCGUAUUUUCGCUAACUGGAAAAAACGUUUCUCUGAAUAUUCACCCAGAACAUCUUUUCUUAAAAACUCACAAAAUAUCACAUUUCCAUAAUAUGAAAGACUAGAAUGUACACUAACAUUCUUACAAUAUUCAAUUCCUUAAUUUGUUUUUGUAUUCAUGUAAAAUAAUUGUCAAGUUAUUAUGUCAAAGUACCCCACAGAAAUUCUCACUGGUAGCUAUGUUUACCGGUCGAUGAUCUUCGGCUUGGUGCAGGCAUACGCGAGUAUUGUGGUGUCUAAUUUUACCACAAAUCUUUUGCAAUAGUACUAUUUGUACUUAAGGUCUAGUACGCAUUGCAAUAGGUUAAAAAAUAACCUUUAACAACAGUGGUAAACAUAGUUACCAUGACACUUAAAAGGUUAUGGAAUCGUAAUAUUCACAAAUUUACAAGUGGAUUGCCUUUAAAAAGUCUUUAAAAUAAAAGGUUGCUGAAUAAUCUUUAUAUUUUAAAUUAAAAAAGAUUUAUGGGCGAUUCCGUUGAUAUAGUGGACUAUACUUUUCUACGUUAUAUUAUAAAGUAAUUAUCAAUUGCUUUAUUUUUUAACUUAUUUUAUACAAUAUUGUUAUUUUUAUCUUUAAGUAACAUUUUGGUACUUCAUUGUGGCAUUAUUGAAUAUGGUAUUCAAUCAAGUUUCCCAAAUAUUCAAGUAUAAAAUAUGUCUAACUGUUUUUUACAGUUUUUACAUCAAUUUGAACCAAGAACUAAAGAUAGUAAUAUAAAAUAUACAGUAUAGUUCGUUAAUAAUUUGAUCCAUAAUAAUUACACAAAUAUUACUGAUCUUACUGUGCCUUCUGUGAGUAAUAUCUAUCUUCAGAAAUUAGAAGCAAACAAAGCUUACUUUACAAAGCAAAAACAACAGUUCUAAACACAAAUGCAACACGCCUGUAGCUUCUUCUCUCUGUUUCUAUUGAGCUCGAAGCAAUGCUACAACCAAAAAAAACCUAAAAAAAACUGAAGUAACGAAUACUGUCAUGUUUCAUUAUUUUGUAUUUUUUCACUCCUACUAUACCUUGUUUUUAAACCAAGAGGAGUAAACUAAAAAGACAGAUUCACACCCAAUAAUGUCACUAGAAAAUUCACCAGAUUUAUCUUCUUUUUGAUUAAUCAUAUCGACCUUCGACGGUAAUCAUAAAUAUUAUAUUAUACUAAUACGACGCCAAAGAGUUCUAAAAACAACUCCAUAAGGAAAAAAUUUUUGUAGCUGGCUGUAUAGCAUUAUACAAAAAUUUAAGAAAAAGAUCUUCUGUGUAAAAGGUAUAUUUAUUUAAAACCCCAAUAAAGGGCUACAUUAAAAAACAGAACGUUUUCGCUCUAAAGAGAGCAUCAUCAGUGUUCUAAGCAAGCUCUACAUGCUAAGCCACCAAAAAUACAUGGGUUAAAACCCUUCAAAUGCCGACCAAAAGUCUUACAUUGGCGUGUUAUAUAUUAAACCCUAGCGAUGAGUGAAAUUUAAAUAUAUACCUCAAAGCAUCAUAUGACUAUACCACGAGCAUGCGGGUGGUUGAGUUAAUUUGACUUUCACCUUUCUCUUUGUGAAGACAGAGAAAUCAACUCAACCACCCACACCUUGAGGUAUAUCUUGUUUAAAUUUCACCCAUCGCCAGUGUAAGACCACCCAGUUUAAUAUAUAACACGCCAAUGUAAGACUUUUGGUCGGCAUUUUAAGGGUUUUAAUCCAUGUAUUUUUGGUGGCUUAGCAUGUAGAGCUUGCUUAGAACACUGAUGAUGCUCUCUUUAGAGCGAAAACGUUUUGUUUUUUAAUGUAGCCCUUUAUUGAGGUUUUAAAUAAAUAUACCUUUUACACAGAAGAUCUUUUUCUUCAAUUUUUUAAAAACAACUGUAUUUUAUAUAAAUACAGACUAUAAAUCUAAAAAUUAAUGGAAUUACUCGGAAAGCACAAAAAAUCGCCGAUAUAACUUAAUUAACCUAUCAAAUGCCAAUAGUGUCAAAAUUUCAUAAAUGUCAAUGGUGUUAAAAUUUCAUAACUUAGUGGAGUAAACUUGCCUGCGGUUGGACCAAUUACAAACAAGCAUAACAGCGGUAAAUUUUAAUUACUCCUCCUAGUUUAAAAACGAGGUGUAUCCCAUAUCAUUAUUAUUAUUAUGAUAUUCAUCAAAUGUAAAUCAUAGUUUUCGACUAAUGACAAUGACAUAUUGUUUUCGAUACUAGCGUGUAGCAUGUACCUUGGUAUACGUGAUUACUGCCAGAUUUGUUACUAUAGGGCUUUUCAUUCACAGUCAUUUGUUUCGAGCUUCUGUCAUAUGUUGUAUAAUCCGUGUAUAUUAAUAUUAUACACGGAUUAUGCGACAUUUGACAGAAGCUCGAAACAAAUGACAAUCGAUGAAAAGCCCUAUUCUUGUUCUCAUGAUCAUUUUUCAGUGCGUCACAGUUUUUCGAUUUCUCUCUAAUGCAUUAAGUUAGAUGAGACGGAAAAAGCGGUAGCUCCGUGAUUAAACACAAAAAUAAUGCAGCAUUACAAUGGUUAUAUACAUAAGAUGUCUAUUCAUAACCUACCUUUGAUUCGUUGAUAUUUAGAAUGCGCGUUUUUUCUAGCCAAUCAAAUACACGUAUUACGAACAUUUGACAAAAGCUUCGUCCAUUUUGGCCAUUUUUUAGAAGUGUCAAAGAGUCAAGUGACGGUUAUUAUUCAGGUCAGUAUUUUGUGUACCUGUCAUUUUGAAAUUUCGAAUUCGACUUCACUUGUGUUUCACAACGUCUUUGUGCAUUAUUUUGUGUUUUGGUUUAGAAUUUAGUUCGUUAAAAGUUAGUCAUUGGCGUGAGGAGACUAGAGACAUUCGAUUUGUACCGAAGAGUGCUAAAUAUCUCAUGAGUAGAUAGAAUAGCCAACGUGGAGGUAAUGAGACUUACGCAUAAGGAACGAGAACUAACAAAUAAGAAGAAAACUGAGAUAUAUGGGACAUGUGAUGAGAGAUGAAUAUCUAAUAUUCCAGGUCAUUAUGCAAGAGAAAGAUCCAUAGUAAGGAGACGUAACUCAUGGCUGAAGAACCUUAGGAACUGGUUUGGAUGUAAUAACAAUGAAUUAUUUAGAGCCGCUGUUUCAGAAAUAAAGAUCUCUCUGAUGAUUGCUAACUUUGGAAGCGGAGACAGCACCUAGAGAAGAAGAUAAAAACACAGUUUAUGGACAGUUUUGUGUCAUUUUUUAAUGUUUCCAUAUUUAUAAAUUUAAUUAACAAUAUUGUUUACUUUUUAAUUUUAUUCCCCUUUAUAAAAAUACCUACAUGUUAACAUAUUGUGUAAAAAUCAAAUCUACUAAAUUACUAAUUAGUUUAAUUCCACAAGCUUUUCACCUAUGGCUAAGUACGAUUGUGGCAUCUGUCAGAUUCGUCAAUAAUUACAUGAAAUAAGUCUCGACACACCCAAUACAGUAUAUGACGUCAUAAUUAAUGACCCACUGAAAAAUGAUCAUGAGAACAAGAAUACUUUCAGAUAAACGUGUUGUCAACUGUUACAAAAUUAAUUUCUGAAAAUGAUAAGCAAACUGGGCAAUAUAACCUCAAUCAAAGUGAUAAUACAGUUGUCAUGGUCAAUUUAUUACUGUUGUGUAAAGCUGAUAUUGUUUCAACCAAUAACAGAAAGAUAAACAAAGACACAACUUAAUUCGGACUUAUUAUUUAUUGUUUUUAAAUGAUAAUAAUAAUUUAAUUGAAUAAUGACAAAAAAUGGAUGUAAAAUGUUUCAAGUCGAAGGUGAAGUUAACUUAUAUGUCUGCUGUCCUCUAUUUAUUUUAUUUCAACAAUUUGGAAUGGAGAACUGCUUAAAUUGGUCGUAUAAGAGCAACACAUCCCAUUAUUAACGAAUCAUUCUGUAUAAAAUCGUUACAUUUAGGGCCGGUUGUUCGAACGCUAAUCAAGAAGUUGAUUAUAAUCAAUCAUUUAUUGUAAUCAAUUUUCUUGAUGGAAAUCAAAUUGCGACAUGAAAAAUACAUGUAAAACAUUAAUCAGUUAUUGAUUGUAGGUAAAACAGUAAUUAAAAUAUAGCCGCAGCUCUUAAAUUAUUAAAAAUUGCUUAUUAUUAUUAUUGAUUUGUAAGUAAAAACAAGAAAUUAACAUCAGAAAGAGUUUAAUUAUGUUUUAUUUUAAAUUAAAACCAAAAGAAUAAAAUAAAUCAGUCAACAUAACCUCAAAAUGCUACAUCUGUCAGAAGUACGCUUAAUCGAAUAUAAUUGUAAUUAAAUAUUUGAUAAUGAUCAGUUUUGAUUAGCGUUCGAACAACCGGCCCUUAAAAUCACUUCCAGGUCAUUGUUUUCUAAACUGAGUGUAUGCAAUCAUAUAUCAUCUUUUAAACCGCAAAUAAUCUUUUUCCACUUUUCACAUUGCUUGCAUAUAUUCAGUUUUACCAUGUACUGUAUUGUAUACCCGUACCAGGUAUCUAAGUGACUCAUUCAGCUAAGCGAGGUGCUAGUCUUGGAGGUGUGAAAUUACAUAAACAAGGGAUCAUUUCAUAAAACAGGUACAUAUAUCCCUUGUUUAUAAAAUUUCACACCUCCAACAAUAACACCCCGCUAAACUGAAUAUUAAGGAGUCUCUUAGAUAGCUGGUACUACUUUACUUUGGGUACUAACUGUGUACUCGUGUUUUUAUUUGUUUUAUUUAUGAAAUCUUAAUUCGUAUGUGUAAUUGUUUUCAAAAUUAUCUCAGGGUAAUUUGUCUGUUUUGAUUACGUUGUCUUCGAGAUAUUUUCAAAAUACAAGGCAUUUGAAGAAUGUAUAAUUUUUAUAAAUAAAUAUUAUAAAAUUA